CCUUCCGACCGCCUCGCGGGGGCUGCUGCUCGGCCGCGCGCACGCACGCACGCACGUGGGGCUGCAGAUCCAUGCGGCUCCUCCUCGAGGGGGUCGCGGUGACUGAGAGCCCCCACCCCCUCGUCUCUCUCUCCCUCUCUCUGUCUCUCUCCCCCCCCGGCGGCUCCUCCUGCGCCCGCCCCGGCACCGAUUGUUGACAAAGACGCUGCGAGACGGAGCGAAGGAGCCCGGAGCCCGGUACUGGUGUGGCCGAGGUGAUUCGCUUGUCGGUGGUGGUCGGACCGCAGCAGGCCGGUGUGAAGUGGACGCCUCCCCCCCCUCCUCCUCCUCCUCUCUCUCCCCUCUCCUUCCUGAAAACGAGUGGUAUUUACCGACAAAACCAGCGGCCAAGAUGGGUCAGCCACUGUGAGCGACAGCGCCAGACCAGCGUUACAGGAGGAGGCGGCGGCCUUGGGGAGGUCUACUCAGCCGGGAAUGGUGUGAGCUGAGACGGCCAGGCAGUCUGGAUCUUACCGGGGACCCGUCAUUCCCCCGGAGCCUCCGCGGCUCCAAGCCGCGUCCUGAGCCCUCCAAGAUGGGGAAGUGUGACGGAAGAUGCACGCUGCUGGUGAUAUGUUCACUGCAGUUGGUGGCAGCUCUUCAGAGGCAGGUGUUUGAUUUCCUGGGCUACCAAUGGGCCCCCAUCCUGGCCAACUUCCUGCACAUCAUGGUCGUCAUCUUGGGCAUGUUCGGCACAGUGCAGUUUCGCUUCAGAUACCUCAUCUUUUAUGCAGUAUGGCUGGUCCUCUGGGUGGGAUGGAAUUCAUUCAUCAUCUGCUUUUACCUGGAGGUUGGAAACCUGACUCAAGACAGGGACUUUCUCAUGACGUUCAACACGUCACUCCAUCGCUCGUGGUGGAUGGAGCAUGGUCCCGGUUGCCUGGUAACGCCGGUGCUUGACUCUCGAAUGGCCCCUGAUGAUCACCAUGUCAUCACUGUCUCCGGGUGUCUCCUGGACUACCAGUACAUCGAGGUGCUGAGUUCAGCCAUUCAGAUCCUAUUGGCUCUCUUUGGCUUUGUGUACGCCUGCUACGUGAGCAAAGUCUUCCAGGAUGACGAGGACAGCUUUGAUUUCAUUGGUGGCUUUGACUCGUACGGCUACCAGCCUCCUCAGAAGUCCUCUCAUCUGCAACUGCAGCCUCUUUACACGGCUGGUUAACUGCUGGUAGCGCCCCCUUCAGGCCAAACCCUGACAGUGUCACUGUGGAUGGAAAGCGGCAGUUGCCUUGAUUACACUCACUCUAUGUCUCACAGUUUACCUGAGGAACGGACUUACCCCACCCAGAGGGAGAGACGUCUGUGCGCGUGUGCAUGUGUGCUUGUGUCUGAGAGAGAGAGAGAAAUACGGCCCUGAAUAGAAUGUACAGAGCUCAGGGAAGAACCAGCAUGCCAGGUGGUGCGAUGAGAUGAAGGAGGAAGAGGAGGAGGAGGAGGAGGAGGAGUAGAGGUAUGGAGAACAAGAGCUGGGGACACCUCUGUCAAAUCACCGAAGACACACUUCACUAAACUGCCAGCUCUCAACACUCCCACAAAUGUGUGUGUGUAUGUGUGUAUGUAUGUGUGUGUGUAAUGUAUGUGUGAGUGUGUGUGAUUGUGUAACUCCACAGGACUGACUGGUGCUUUGUGGUUGCACCCUGGACUCAUACCACUUGGUGUGUCCCUGUGAAUUUUUUUGUUUUUGGGAUG